AUUUUUUUGGCCGCCUCAUCUCCCCCACCAUCUUUUCUUUUGGUGCUAACUCUACAACUUCCUCCCUCUCUCUCUCUCUCUCUCUCUCUCUCUCUCUCUCUAUUCAUCCGACUCCUUUCGGCACACCCUUCCCCUCCGUUGCCGUUGGCUUCUAGUCUGACGUCGACAGGGAGGCAAGAAGGAGGCGCAGCAGCGAGCGGAGGGUACCAAACAUCACGCUUUCCUUCCUCAGAAUCCCAUAAGAAGGAGAGGGAAAACUCUGCACGAUGGCGUCGUCAUCGCCCCAGGUCCCGGUCUCCUCGGCCACGGCGUCCGCUUCGCCAUCCUCCACCAGCUCGCCGUGCGCUGCCUGCAAAUUCCUCCGCCGCAAGUGCCAGCCCGACUGCGUCUUCGCCCCUUACUUCCCGCCGGACCAGCCGCAGAAGUUCGUGCACGUCCACCGCGUCUUCGGUGCCAGCAACGUCACCAAGCUUCUCAACGAGCUGCACCCCUACCAGCGGGAGGACGCCGUCAACUCGCUCGCCUACGAGGCCGACAUGCGUCUCCGUGACCCCGUCUACGGUUGCGUCGGCGUCAUCUCCAUCCUCCAGCACCAGCUGCGGCAGCUCCAGAUGGACCUUUCCUGCGCCAAGUCGGAGCUCUCCAAGUACCAGUCAGCCGCCGCCGUCGCCGCUGCCGCCGCUGCCGGAACUCCCGGCACCAGCUUCGGUGCCACCUCCCCUGUCACCGCCGCCACCGGGCAUGGGUUCAUCAACGUCAACCAUCCGAUUGGAAUGACGGGGUUCGUGUACGGGCGGGAUCAAUUCUUCCCGGCUGCGGCAAGGGAUCCUACCCACAACCUCCACAUGAUGCUGAGGAAUUACGACGCAGAUCUGGCAACGAGGUUGGCUUCCAACGGUGCUUAUGAUGCAGAUCUGGCGGCGGCGAUGAAUGCGACAUCAGCCGCAGCUUUAGGACUGUUUGGCGGGCAGUUCUCGAAGCCGAGUGCGGCCGGCGGGGAUGAGCGCCCAGGCAUCGGUCCUUUGUAGAGAUCUUAGCAGUGUUUGCCGUGAAGUCCAAAAAGAUGGAGCACAAAACGAUCUGUCUUUUUGUGUAAGAACUUGGAACUCUACUGUCAACCAAAGCUAUAAGUAACAUCUAGAGGAACCAUGGAAUUGAUUUGGGCAGGAUGUAAGAGGUGUCAUGAAUAUAAUGCAUGGUUUUAGUCUUCUCAACAUUUUUGUGCAUGGAACCUUCCGAGUAAAGUCGGUAGUAUAUUUUGACAUCAGAUAGUUUCUUUUA